CGGUACGUCGGUGUGUUUGCCUGUUGGCUGACCAUUGAUUGACACCAUCGCCGGAGACCAGAGCUGUAUUGCUGACCAUUGAUUGACACCAUCGCCGGAGACCAGAGCUGUAUUGCUGACCAUUGGUUGACGCCAUCGCCGGAGACCAGAGCUGUAUUGCUGACCAUUGAUUGACACCAUCGCCGGAGACCAGAGGUGUAUUGCCGUCAAGCGAUGGGGGGGGAAGACACGGGGGAGGAGCAUGAUAACCCCUUUCCCCCGCUAGGGCGCGCGGCCUCUCCCCCUCCGCCCUCCCCCUCUACGCCAAAUAGGUCGGAAGGGGGAAAGAAGCAAGCAUGGGGUCAGGAAGAUAGCGGCGCCGGCGGCUGCAUCUCCAUGGAGGGGAAAGGAAAAGUAGGCCAGACUUUGGCAGAUAUCGUGAGGAAGGACACUCCCCCAGAGAGUAGAGGAGAUUUCACUGCCUCCAGGGCUAAGAGCCGCCACCAAGAGCUGCUAGCGGAAGACUUGCCGGCGGCGGCGGCGGGAAAAGCGGCAGCAGAUGCUACUGCUAUUUAUGCACGCGAUGGCGGCGGCUUGCGGCAAGAAGGAGCAGCAACUGCAGCAGCAGCAGGAGGAGGAGGAGGUGGAGGAGGUGGAGCGGAGGUUGCAUCGACACGUGGCUGGUCGACGAGGGCUCCGAUCCAAUCAUUGGCCGAUCAAAAGGCGCCAAUCAAGACGCUGGUAGUGGACACGAACGCCAUUGUGAAAGGUGUGAGGUUAGACCGGCUGGGGGCGGAGGACGUCGUCACGAUUAGAGAGGUACUUGAAGAGAUUAGGGACCGUGAGGCUCGGCGAAUGAUUGCCACUCUGCCGUUCGAUCUGCAGUGCCGAGAGCCGUCGGAUGAAUCUCUGCGUGAAGUGAUGCGGUUUGCACGUCUGACAGGAGAUCUGCACUCGUUGUCAGCCACUGACGUUAAGCUGAUAGCACUUGCUCAUACACUGGAAGUGGAGAGUCAUGGCGCCGAACACCUGCACAAGACGCCACCUACCGUCCAGGUGCAGACCUCUCGAGCUCGUAUUCCGGACCCUCCGGGAUGGGGCAAGAACGUGCCUAAUCUCAAAGACUGGGAGGCGAUAGAUGAUGCAGCGGAUGCUGCCCCAUCUGCUGCUUCCGAGGCCAAACCAUCUUCUUCUUCGCGCAUAUUGCCAACUAGGUCGUUAUUUGCUGCUGCAGAAGACGAUCCAGUCAACGAGAGAAGCCAGCCAUCGCCAUCGCCAUCGCCAUCGCCAUGGGCAUCGUCGUCAGAUUGUGCAAGGAUCGGCGAUGGUGAUGGUGGUGGUAUCAGUCAGGGGACUGCUGUGACAGGGGGUGGAUCUCCGUUCAAUGUGAGUGCAGCAGCCGUUGGCAGCUGUAAGGAAGAUUCUCCUGCUGCUCCUGCUUCUACUGAUGCUGAUAGCCGACAGCGGAAUCGGGAUCCCGAUGUUGUUGAACAGAUAGGAGCUGCGGAUGGCAGCAGCAGAAAUGAGGGGAUGAGAGGGGUGGCAGCCGAGGUGGGGUCUCCAUCCUCCUCGUCGUUGGGGGGAGAGGGGGCAGUGCGGACCGGGGUGGGGGGGGCGACGAAGGGGGGGGGGGGGGAUUCGUCUGUGCGGAGAGAUGGCGGGGUGGUGGAUAAUGAGAGUGAGAGUAAAUUGGUUGAUGGACAUCCUGAUGUCGAGGUAGAUAACCCCGCGCAAGUCGGACCGCAUAACCUGAACGGAUUGAUCAUACGAGAUGAAGAUGGGGAGUGGGAACGUGCGGUCGGAAGGAGUACACGUAGAAAGUAUGCCAAGCGCGCAGCGCGCGCUGCGGCGGAGUCCCGCGCUGCCGACGAGUCUCGCUCUGCUGACCUCAGCACUCCUGCUGUGAUGAUGGGCAGUAAUCGGCCUGGCAGUGGGAUGGGGGGAAUGGGGGAGGGGAUUACGGAGGAGGCGUCUUCUGCGCAAGUGGGCGGUAGUUGCGGGAAUGGAGGAGGAGAGGAAGGCAAACUACGAGGAGGAGGAGGAGGAGGAGCACCAGCGCUUCUUGUAGGGGGGAAACAAUCCUUGUCUCUGGACAGCUGCUUACAGAAGACGAAUGCUGAAUGCAUCGGGCACGAGAGGGAGGAGGUGGAGGGUGAGAGCGCAACUCCGGAUGAUGUCGAAGCUGCAUUGACGACUGCUGCAGCUGCAGAUUCGUUUGCUAGGGUUUCUGCUGAAGUCGGUAGUGAUGCUGACGACGACCAUGAGAAGUGUUAUGGCGAUGGAGAUGGCUAUGGUGAUGAGGAGGGGGAGGAAGAAGAGGGAGUGGUGAGCGGCGGGGAUGGCAGCCAAGAGGGGGCGAGUGUUUCUGGCCACGAUGAUGAACUGUUUUGGGGGAGUGUUCAUAGCGAAGCGGGGGGCGAUGAUGGGCACUCUUCUUAUGCACAACCGCUGCUGUCAUCCUUUCAGUCCUCUGUAGCUUGUAUAACUUUGGAUUUCUCCAUGCAGAAUGUCAUCUUGCAGAUGGGACUCAGACUGAUUACAGUCGAUGGGGUCAGGAUCAAGCAGGUGCAUCGAUGGGCUCUGAAGUGCCAUGCAUGUGGACUGGUUACGUACGAGGUCACUCGACUUUUCUGUGCCAAGUGUGGGAAUGGUGGGACCCUUAACAAGGUGUCUGUCACCGUCGGUCCCGAUGGGACCACACACGUGGCUGUCAGACGGCGGAUCAGUGUGCGGGGGACUAGGUAUUCUUUGCCGUUACCAAAAGGCGGGCGUGAAGGUUCAGUGAAGAAUCCUAUUUUGAGAGAAGACCAGCUGCCGGAGAGAUGCAGGUCGGCAGCCUCAAGGAGGAGUAAAAGUGGGGUUCCCGACGUAUUUGCGCCGGAAUAUGGACCCGAUACGUGGUUUCUAGGCGUGCAUGGAAAGAAGAAAAAGCAGCCGCCCUCCGCCGUCCAUCUCAAGAGUGUCGCCUCCAUGCUCACCGGAAGACGCAACCCGAACGAGCGUCGUGUGGCGCGCAAACACUGAUGAAUCUGUGAUGAUUGAUUGGGGAUUGGGCAACGAUGAUUGGUUGGUCAUCCCUCUUCAAAUGUCGGGAUUAAUUAGCACGUCUGGGCUUUUUCGUCUCGUCAUAUACAGUAUCAUCGAACGAACAGGAGCAUGCCACGUGGUACGUCAGGUUUGUAACGUGAUCUUGUGUCGGGACUCAAAUAUUUUGAGUGCGACGCAACUGGUGACUACUGAUCCGGACAUCGUGGGAUGUCGGGAUCAUUAGUGCGACCGGGUCUGCUGCUGUCAUCGUAUAUCGUUGAACGAACAGGAAUGUGCCACGUGGCACGUCAGUGUUUCCACGUCGUGAAUGUGCCACGUGGCACUCGAAAUGUGCCGCAUGGCACGUCAGAUCUGCCUCGUCAGGUUUUCCACGUCAGGAACGUGUCACGUCGCACUCGGAAAAAUGCGCCACGUGGCACGUCUGACGUCAGUUUUUCGACGUUAAGAAUGGGCCACGUGGCACUUCAAGAAUGUUCCACGUGGCACGUCAGGUCUGCCGCGUCAUCCUGUGUCGGGACUCCAAACAAAUUUUGAGUGUCAACUGGGAAUCCAAAUUUUGAGUGCCACGUGGAAGUUGACGAAAGGAUGAAGCCGCGGUGGAUUGAGUGGGCGGCGGCGGGCGUUAGCUCUCAGCACUUCUCUUGAUCGUUUUCUCAGUUUUUUUUUUUUUUUUUUUUGAGAGGUGAACGAAUGUGGUGCAAGAUCGCCGUCAAAUCCAUCCAUUCGUAUGUUGCCCGGGAAUAGCGUUUCGUAGGGUUUUAGAAAAUGAAUUGUGGAAUUGAUG